UUUUGUUCUGAGGCCACAUCCUGUUUACGCUCAUUUAUACUGUACUUCACUGAAGAGACUGUGGUCUGGGUUCAAGUGGGUAAAAGGGAAGACCAAGCUGAAAUGCCAUCGCCUUCGCUCUAAACACGACCUGAACUGCUGAAAAUAUACGGAACUCUCCUCGUGGCCUCAGUUCCUGUUAGCACCAACAACCAUGACAUGCCGGGACAUCCAUGCCACCAACGCUUUUUCCUUCAUCAUCGCCUUUGUGUCUGUGGGAGGGCUUGUUGUGGCAACGGUAAUCCCACAGUGGCGUAUAACAAGACUCGUCACCUUCAAUCGCAACGCCAAGAACAUCAGCGUCUAUGAUGGGCUGUGGGCUAAAUGUGUGAAACAGGAUGGCUAUUCAGGAUGCUACUACUAUGAUUCAGAGUGGUACUCUAAAGUGGACCAGCUAGAUCUGCGGCUCCUGCAGUUCUGCUUGCCUGCAGGCCUGCUGUUCGGCUCGCUAGCUCUGCUGCUGUGCAUGGCUGGGAUGUGCAAGACCUGCUGCUGCUCAGACAAGCCUGAGCCAGACAUUAAAACCAUCAGAUUUCUUGUCAACAGUGCAGGCUGUCACCUGGUGGCCGGGAUGUUCUUGUUCCUGGGUGGAGCUAUCGCCAUUGCACCCUCAGUGUGGUUCUUGUUCCGCACAAAGGAGCUGAACAUCAGAUAUGACAACAUGUUCUCUGAUGGGUUUGCUGUAUAUGUAUCAAUAGGCUGCUCUGGAGGACUGAUGCUCGCCGCGCUGAUGAUGUUCAUGUGGUACUGUAUGUGUAAGAAGUUGCCUUCACCCUUCUGGUUGCCCAUGCCCUCCAUGCCAACCUCGCUGUCCACCCAGCCUCUGACUGCCAAUGGAUAUCCUCCCUCACCAGUGUAUGGUCCUCAGCCCUUCCCACCACAGACCUAUCCUCCCACAGUGAUCGACACCCAGCCUUAUGUGCCAUCCCAGGGCUAUGCACAAAGUGUGGUCGCCCCCGCACCACCACAGGUGUACAUGUCUCAGAUUUCUGCUCCAGAUGUUUACGGGUCUGAGGUGGGAGGGUCAGGGACCCAGGCCUACAGCUAUGCUCCCUCACAGAGCUACGCUCCCUCACAGAGCUAUGCCCCCUCACAGAGUUAUGCACCCUCUCAAAGCUACGCUCCUUCUCAGGGCUACGCAUCCAGCUACGUGGGCCACCGCUACUCGACCCGGUCACGGAUGUCUGCCAUAGAGAUCGACAUUCCCGUACUGACACAAGGAGAGUAAGAGAAGAGAGGCUGAAAAUCUCAGCACACUGAAGCCUUCUGUCCUCAAACCUCCAUUAAGUUCACCACUGAUAAAACUAACAGAGUAUGAUAGAUGGACGUUAAUAACAUGAGAGCUAUUUACAGCUUCUGGAGUGAUAGUUCCAAGAAUUCAGUCAGUCAGUCCAGGUCUGUAAAUUGUACUGUAUGUAUAUUAUAAUCCAAAAACCCCUGGAGGUACCGUAUGAAGGAUGAUAAUUUCUUUAAAAAUGAAGAAUACUAUAGCACCGGGAUGAUCAAUACUGUAAUCAGCUUAGUAUUGUCGGAAGGGAAGAAAACAAACUUUAAUUUGCAGUUCAAAACACUGAGAGACACCUCAGCCGUCUUUUUUCACUGUUUUACCUGAGCAGAAUCACUACACAGUAGUUCCUCACCUGCCUCAGAGGCCAAUGGACCAACCUACUAGCUACGUGCCAACAGUUACUACCAUUUGGUAGGUGGCUUCACAGAAAUUCCUACUCUGACUACUCUAGAUUAAUGAAGCCCUUAUAUUUGCUGCCAGAAUUACAGCUUGUCUGCAAAUUCAGUUUUUCUGUUACGUUUUUCUGUUGAACACAUACAAGUGAUUUGUCAUUGUUGUGUCCACUUUAUGGGGAUCUUCUGUUAUCACUACUGAACAAACACUGAAGGUCAUUAACUUUAAAUAACGUGUUUCUUAAUAGACAACUACUAAUUGACACACUGUAUCUUUCUGUCUGUCUGUCUUGUUUUAACAUGAAUUGUUUAUAAUGUUAGUGCCCUGCGAAGAGCAUCUGUUAUUAAUGCACUAAUUUUUUGAAUACUGUACCAGUUUACAUUGCCUUUGUUCCCAUGACCUCUAACAUAUUACUUGUCAUUUAUCACAGCAUGUACGUGUCCUUAAGUGUUUAUUUGUCAAUAAGAUGACACUAAAUCUGUGUUAAAUGUAAUGUACAGAUUCAGAUUUUAAUUACUGUGUAGAGUUGGAAUUUUAUUAUGAGCUGUAAUGUCAGAAACAGCAAUGACAGGAAUGAUAAUGCUGUUCGUAUACUCAACAUGUCAGAUUAUGAUUAAUGGAAGAACUGUAUAAAGCAGUCAGAUUAUCAGACGACCAUGUGAGAAAUGUUAGAUGUACCAUUAAUCGUCUGCCAACUUAGCUGGAAGUGUGAUGUUGUUCACGUUGGUACAUGUUAGUACUUGUUUUUAAGCCAAAUGUAACCGUCAUUUCAGUUGUUGCCUUUUUGUGUGUUUUGCUUAAUGAGCACUGAUCAACGUUUCUUCAGUACAAUGUGUCCAUUGUGUUAUUCUGCAAUGUUGAGGUUCCUGAUAUUGUGAAAUUGUUUUUCUAUACUGUCAUCUUUUUGUUUUUAUUAAAAUAAAUCACAUGUA